UUCUCUCUGCUGAUACAAGAUGUUUGUGGAUGAGAGAAUAGUAACGCUCUUCAAAAGGAACGCACAUCACACGCUGACGUACUGGAGCGUGUUCUUCAGUUUUGGUUUAUGCAUCGCGUUUCUUGGACCCACCAUUUUGGAUUUGCAGUGUCAAACUAAGUCCAGCCUCAGUGAAAUCACCUGGGUUUUCUUCGCACAGCAGUUCUGUUUGUUGGUCGGCAGCUCUGUCGGAGGAGUUUUUAAGAGAACGCUGGUCAGUGCGCUCUCAGCUUUGUUCGUCUCGGCUCUCAUCAUCUCCAUAAUCUUCGCCAUCAUCCCGUGGUGCACCAACGUGCUGAUGCUGGCGGUCGCCAUGGCCGUGUCUGGACUGGCCAUGGGCGUCAUCGACACCAUCGCAAACAUUCAGCUCGUUACCAUUUAUCAGAAAGAUUCAGCUGUUUUCCUGCAGGCUCUUCAUUUCUUCAUUGGAUUCGGAGCCCUGGUGAGUCCGCUGAUUGCUGAUCCUUUUCUCUCCGAAUCGGGAUGCGGGAACCACACAGCGAACGAGACAGAGAUGAUACAUCACUUCAGGAACCUGCUGAGGCACAGUCCCAUCGUGGAGCACAACAUCACUCAGAGCACAGCGCCCCCUCAUGGUGAAGAGGAAUCCAGUGUGCAGUACGCCUUCUGGAUCAUGGCUCUCAUCAAUCUUCCUGUCCCUCUGGCCGUCCUGUACCUCAUGUAUCGGGAGUAUCUGCUCCCGUGUUGCCCCAGUGGGACGCCUCGACUUUUGGACAAAGAUGAACUGGCCAUGGAAAACCAGCCAGGGCAGGAGACUGUGGAGCCUGUGGAGCACGAGGCCGGAGGUCAUGGGGACAUCUUCAGCUGCUGUCAGAAGGACAACCUGAGCGGUUUGCCCGUGUCUUUCUUCAUGAUCCAUAUUCUCGGAGGACUGGUACUUUUUAUGACGGAUGGUAUUGUGGGGGCGUACGCUGGCUUCGUGUACACCUACGCCGUGAGCCCGCCCAUGUACAUCCCACAUAAGAUCGCUGGUUAUCUGGCCAGUAUUUUUUGGGCUGCGAUCACCGCUGGACGACUGUUAUCGAUUCCUCUUUCGUACCGUUUCCAGCCCGUCAGACUGCUCAUGUUUAACCUGGCAGGUGCCAUCGUGACGGUCCUCAUGUUGCUGAUCUUCUACACCAGCAGUGUCUUUCUGUUUGUUGGCACGUGUUUGUGUGGGCUUUUCCUCAGCAGUAUCUUCCCGUGUAUGCUUUCAUACACAGAGGACAUCCUGGAUUAUCAAGGAUGUGCCACGUCUGUGCUGGUCACGAGUGCAGGGAUGGGGGAGAUGGUGAUGCAGGUUCUUGUUGGCCAAAUUAUCCAGACUAAAGGCAGCUACAGCUUCUUGCUUUGUGGUGUGGUCAUUGCUUGCGUUGGUUUCAUUGUGUUUAUCGGACUCUUGUUAUUCCACCGGAUGCACAGGAACUACCUGACAGGGACUCAGAAAAAGUCGCCCAUGGUGGAGGAGCCCGCCCCGGAACAAAAUGGAUCUGCCAAAUCAGAACAGAAGGAGGAGAAGGGGGGGAGCUGAGAGUAUUUUUACAACUUUAUAAAAGCAAAGGUUUAAGAGUUUAUUUUGUGACUUAUAUAUGUCUUUGUAUAGACGUUCAGUAAACAUGUAUUUUGUUAAGAGGAUUUGAGAAUCAGAUGUUUCUUCUAUCAUCAAAGUG